AUGGUGAUGACUGAUGUCCUCAGUGUGGAUGAUAUGAAGAAAGAGAUGGGAGCUGCUAUCAGGAAAUUCAGUGAAAUGGCAGGGAUGAAGGGAGAAGGAAGAUUUUGGAAAAGUUUCAACAUUCUCGACAUCGAUCAAAAUGGCUAUAUUGGAGAAUAUGAAUUAAUGGAGUUUUUGCAAAAUUUUAGGUCAGGAAGCCGAGCUUUGACUGUUAAAGAAAUCAGUGAUUUCUUGAAUGCUGCAGAUACAGAUGGAGAUGGCAAAAUAAGUUUUGAGGAAUUCAUACGCUUGGUGCAUUCAUAG